GUGAUGGUACAUCCAGUGUUUUUCCCAUUCUUUGCCCAGCACACAAGCAGCUCAGCCUUGUCAGAGGUGAUGGUGGGGUGCAAGGGCAGCAUUUCCAAAGGCCGGUGGGUGUAACCAGGAACUAUGUGCAGAGGUAUGAGACGGGGAGGGGUUCAGAAGUUCCCACCUUGCAAUUUCCAGGUACGGGAAAUCCUAACUCAAGCUCUUGCUUGCAGCAGGUGUGUCAGCAUAUCUGAUGAAAGAGGACCUCAGACAUGUAUAAAAGGGCUGCCCAGGCUCUUGGAUCACUGCAACAGACCCAUCAUCUGCAAACCCUCCUUGGAGACAAGGUUUCUGUAGGUACCUCAAGAGCUCAGCCAUGUCUGCAAGCACCCAGAGAACAGCCACCCUUCCUGAGACUCAGCAGUUCCCUGGAAACUGCACACUAGAGAUGGCCCUGAAAACCAUUGUGGAUGUCUACCACCGUUACAGCAUCCGGGAGGGCCAGCUUGACCUCCUCAACUUCAACGACUUCAGGACACUGCUGACUGAGCAGGCACCGACCUUCCUACAAGCUUGCGACAGGAACAAACGUGAAUACCUGAGGACACUCUUUGAAGAGACAGACUUAAAUAAGGACAGUGAGCUGACUUUUGAGGAGUUCACCAUCGUCUUGGCCAAGCUGACCGAUGAUGCCCAUCGCAUCAGCCACCAGGAUGACCGCUGUAUACCAGACAAGGAUUGAGUCUCAGUGCACGACCCACGUAAAACUCAGAAGGGGUUGCUUGUAGGAAUUGUGCUCUGGCUGCUUUCUGUCUGCUUGGAUCAGUCAUGCUUGUGAGACAAUAAAGCAUCACUUGAAGUUCA